GCGAGCUAGUUGACCGCUAUUCCGUAAGAGUACUACUUGAGGAUUCGAGUUAGAGAAGUAAAAAGGACUGUUUUGGCGUUGAGAAGAUUCUACAAACCAUGAUCUAGUCUGGUCCCUGACUUGAUAGUCAUGUCACAGUUGGAGUGCUGUGCUACCCUGUGGGACUGGCUGUCUCUUCUCCGCCUGGAACAGUACCAUGAGGUGUUCAAGACUUCUGGUCUGACCACCUUAAAAGAAUGCUCCAGCCUUACACAGAAGCAGCUCGAGUUCAUGGGAAUCACCCUGCCGGGCCACCAGAGACGGAUUCUGUCCAGCUUAACCAAGACACAGUGUUACAGAGAUGAACAUCAAGGACAGACUGAUCCCUGCAAUCCUCAGAUGGAGAGAGUGGAAAGCGAUGGUAAAGAUCUGACACCUAAACCUUUACCCCGGGAGAAAAGCAAGCCAGUCCCACGAGAAAGGCGUAAGUUGGGAAUGAAAGAAGAGAUGGACAAGAUUGCAGAGACAAUGGGUCAUGAAGAAAAAGAAGCAGUCAACAGGAUUCCUGAUGAGAAACCUGUGCCUAAGGAGAGGACGAGGUUUCCCGCUAAUGCUUCGUCAGAUUCUACCACCAGCUCUGCUGUUUCUCGGGCCUGUGACUCCCUGCCGCCAGUCCCACCGAGAAGCACUGCCAAUUGUCCUCCACAGCCCUUCACCACUGCGCAUGGCCCGGCGCAGACACCUGUGUCACCCAGACAUGUGGGUUCAGGCCCAGCGGUUGAAAGCAGAUGCGUGCCACACACAACAAGUCAACCACAAGCACCACAGCAGUGCAUCCUCCCCGCCACUGAGCCCAGACCUCAGACCCUGUCCAUUCACCCACCUGAGCACUUGUUUAUUGUUGAAGGAGGGAAGAAAAAAUCACCCACUACCCCUCCUGUAUUUCUAUGCCAGAGGGAUGAGAGAAACGCUCCACCUCUUCCUCCUAAAACUGGGCCCACCAGCCCCCCGCCGGUCCCACAAAGGGUUUCCAGAACUCACAGUCCUACCAUCACAAAAACUCCAGCCACGAUGUCGAAGGACCAGGUGCUGCAGGUCUCGCCCGUCAAGACGGCACAAAAUCAGGAAAAUCACACUGAGACCAAACCAGAGCUGCCUGAGUGCUUCGUCUCCCAGUCGCUUCCUGACAGGCCGGGUUCAGCGGAUGACAGUUCAGAUGAUUAUGAAGACGCUCCCGUAGCUCCCACUGAUGCUCACCAAGGGAACACACAUGGAGGAGGAAUGUCACUGCCAGUGCCUGGAAAUAAACAUGGAAGGUUUAAUUCGUGGAGUAGCGAUGACGGACUUCUGGGAGAAGGAGAAGACGAUCGAACUUCAUGGAAAGGCAGCAUCUACCUGCCAGCCACCUCUUCUUUGACUGACCGUGAAAACUCAACUGCUGUUAUCAAGACUGGAUGGCUGGACAAGAAUCCACCACAGGGGGCCCUUUACUACCAGAGGCGAUGGGUGAAGCUUGAUGUUGACUACCUGAGAUACUAUGAUGGUGAAAAGGAAGUUUAUUCCAAGGGGAUCAUCUGUGUACCAUCCAUUACUAAUGUCUCCAGUGUGGGGGAACUGAAGUUUGAUGUUGUCACCAGCAACAGGACGUUCACUUUCAGGGCUGAUAACGAAGCUGACAGAAACGAUUGGGUGACGUUACUUUCUGACUGCACCAGGGGGCAGCACACUCGCAGCACCAUGAACCCUGGUUCACCCAUGAGCGCAGAACGCCAAGGAUAUUUGGAGCUUAAAGGCUUACGCUCCAAACUUUACACUGUUGUUGCUGCUGAUAAGGUGUUCCUCUACAAAAACAUAGAGGACUAUCGUAUUGGAGUUGGUAUCACUUCUAUUGAAAUGAAUGUCGGGAAUGUCAAAGAAACAGAUCGACGCAGCUUCGACCUCACAACGCCUUACCGGAUCUUCAGUUUCGUCGCAGAGUCAGAGCAGCUGAAAGAGCUGUGGGUGGAAGCAAUGAGAGCAGCAAUUGGCGAAGCUUUGUCCAACAGUGAGGUUGUUAAACGGAUUUGGGAAGAACCAAGCAACAGCUUCUGCGCUGACUGUGGUUCUCCCAAGCCCGAAUGGGCUGCCAUCAACUUGUGUGUGGUGGUGUGCAAGCGAUGUGCAGGAGAGCACCGGGGUCUGGGUCCCAGCAUCUCCAAGAUUCGCAGUCUGAAGAUGGACAGGAAAGUUUGGACGGAGGAUCUUGUCAAGUUGUUCCUGGUGCUUGGAAAUGAGCGUGUGAACAGUUUCUGGGCUGCAAACGUUCCGCCAAGUGAAGCUCUGGCACCAUCAAGCUGCACGGACGACCGGCGGCAUUUCAUCACCAACAAAUACCGUCAGGGCAAAUACAGGAAGUACCACCCGCUGUAUGGAAACCAGAGAGAACUCAAUAAUGCGCUGUGUAUCAGUGUGCAGUGCAGCGAUGUGCUGGAGACGUUGAGUCUGAUUUUCUGCGGCGCAGAUGUGAAUUGUUCGACUGGAAUGGCCAACUGCCCUUCCCCUCUUUCCCUGGCCAACACACACGCGCAGCCUUUACAAGCUGAGCUACUGAGCCACAAUCUCAACACAGAGUUUCCCCGGUCUGAGGCAGCUGAAAACAUGAAUCCGGUACACUACUCGCCACCACCUUGUGUGUCGCACAAUGGUUUUCUAUUCAAGACUGGAUCCAUGACCCGACUCAUAACAGAGCAAAAGGCAAAGGAAGAAUUCAGUCGUCGCUGGUGCACGUUGAAUGACGGAGUCUUCAGCUACUUUGAAAGCGAUAGAAAUUCCAACCCAAAUGGGUCCUUGAAGGCAUCAGAGAUCGUGUGUUUGGCUGUAGACAGCCCUGCGAAACACAAAUACGAGCACACAUUUGAGCUCUACUCAGAAUCAGACCGUCUUUAUCUAUUUGGGACGGAUGACCCUGAAAGCCACAAAGAAUGGGUCAAAUCCAUUGCCAAGAGCUUCAUCCCAGCCAGAGCAGAGCCUUUGCUGAAGUUGAGUUUUGAGCGGUUGGGACGGCUAAAAUGUAAAGAUGGAUUGAACCUUCAAACAUCAAAAGUUGGCUGGUUUGCACUGGUGGGCUCCACGCUGCACGCCUACCUGGACGGCAGCCAGGGAGAAGAAAUACAUCUUCGGAAACUGAGCGAACUAUCAAUCCAGCAAGACUCCGGCGUCCUGGUUCUAGUGGAGAAAGGAAGAACUCUAUACAUUGAAGCGGAGAGGAAGUUGGAUUUCUCUGGCUGGUGUGGGGCCAUUCAGACUGCAGCGCGCAGCGGAGACACCCUGAGCCAGCAGCAGCUGACCGAGACAGACAUACCCAUAAUCGUCAACAGCUGCAUCGCUUACAUCACGCAGUGCGGUUUAAAUUCUGAGGGUAUUUAUCGUAAGAGCGGCGUGACCUCCCGUGUGGCGGCGCUGUGCGAGAGAUUCCGUCAAGACGCUCGCAGCCUUUGUCUGAAGGAAGAAGAGCACCAUGUCGACGACGUCUCCAACACGCUCAAGCGUUUUCUGAGAGAGUUGACAGAAGGACUCUUCACAGCGAAGGACUCCAGUGCCUGGCUUAAUGCUGCUGCCAUUCAGGAUGAAAGUAAGAAAAUCCCACAGUACAAGCUUCUGCUGAACAGACUUCCCCGUGUGAACAAAGCAACGUUACAAGCGCUUAUCAAUCAUCUCUACUGUGUACAACGGUUUUCAGAAAUGAACCAGAUGAAUCUCCAUAACUUGGCGAUUGUAUUCGGCCCCACGUUGUUCCAGACAGACGGGAAGGACUACACCGCCGGCCGUGCCAUUGAGGAUCUCAUACAGCACUACACACUGAUAUUUGAGGUGGAUGAGCAUCAGUUGAACAGGCAGAUGGAAGAGAUUGAAGCCAUCAUUAAAAUGCGAGCUACACUGAGCACUAAGUUUCCCAGCACUGAACCUGGGGGUCACUUCAUCUGCACAGUGUACCUGGAGGAGGGGCAGGAAGCUAGGAAGGAGCAGCAUGUCCAGAUCCCUGGGUCCAUGACUGCAGCCGAGUUGACCUAUGAGUUUCUCGACCAGCGCAACAUUCCUGUCAAAGAAAAAGAUUUCUGGAGCUGCUGGGAAAUCUGUGAAAAGGAGGAGAUGGAACGUCCUCUACACUUUCGUGAGCGAGUCUUGCCCAUCCUUCACUCUUUUGGCACAGACUCCUAUCUGCUUAUCAAAAAGCAUCAAGCCAUGGAGGCGAUGAUCCUCUACCUAGCGGGGAAUUCUGAGCCCACCAAACAUGGCAUGAUGAAAUUCCGAGAGGAAAGAAGCAUCUUGGGUUUGGGACUCUCCUCUGGGAAUUUCAACGACAAGUAUUUCAUUCUGAAUUCCAGCUCCCUCCGGAUGUACAAGGAGAUCAGAAGUAACCGCCCAGAACGUGACUGGCCAGUGAAAAACCUGACGGUGUACAUGGGUGUGAAGAAGAAGCUGCGCUCCCCUACAUCCUGGGGUCUGACGGUGGUCUAUGAAGGUGUGAAGCAGGAGAAACCGGAGAAACAUCAGUGGUAUCUGUGCUGUAAGACUCAGACAGAAAUGAUGGAGUGGUACGCCACCUUCUUCAGCAUCCAGAACGGCGGUGACAUUUGGCCGGAGGAUGGAGUCCAGCGGACGCGAGUGAGCCGGGUGCACCCCGAUACGCGACACGGUAACAUCUCGCUGAUUCCGCUUCGUGGCAGUGAAAAUGAGAUGCGGAACAGCGUAGCAGCUUUCUGCCAAGACCCGCUUGCUCUCUUUAGAGAUGUUCGAUAGUGAGGAUGCCGAUGGAGGUUUCACUCUGGUGUCCUGAUGACGGCGUCCUUGACCUGCUCCUGUGAGUGCAGUAAAUCACAGCUUUCUGUGAGUUUGGACCUCAAAGGAGAAGCAGGAAGACUGACCAUGAAAUACUCUGCAUUCCCACUGGUGUAUUGGUCAGCCAUCGAUGGAUUGGACUGGAGCACAAAACCCCAUUUUUCUUUAAAAAAAAAAUGUAUACUUAAGAACUUUAGUCCAACAAUGUGCAGGACGUUUUGGCCCGUCCAUGUUUGCUCUUUUAAAUCUCCAUGCUUUUGGUGUGUCAGCAAAGUCUCCACUCAGCAUUAUCACCUUGGGUCUGUUACAUUUUGUUGGAGCUUCCGUCUGUGUGUUAAAGGUCCAUGACAGUGCAGCGAUGUCGGAUUGUUGUUUACCACUUUCUGAACACCCACGUGACAUCAUCUGUUACCCCUCAAAAACACGCCCCAUGGAGUCGUCCUCUUGUGAAUAGCUCUUUUAGACUCACGUUGUAAAGAUUUUUAUUUAUUUGAAAUAGUUGUGGGCUCUAGACCAGCACUGUGGAGCCUUUUUCUAGUCUGUAAGUGAAGUUUCAAGGAGCCAGAAAUGUGUAUUGAAGUGGGUAUCAACUGUACAUUCCGUGUGUGUCUCCCGCUAUGAUUUAAAAAAUUUUAAAUCCAUAAAUCCUAUCGAUGUAGUUGCAGAAGACGGAUGAACGAUUAGCUAGGACAGUAAGGUGCACUUGGACUGUGACACAGCCUGGUGUCACAAUCAUUAGUAUCAUUUAUAUGCCGUUAAUCUGAUCAAAUCCACAACCUUUCUGAAAUGUCACGUCUUCCACCAGACUCCGUCCACUGUGCAAUGAAUAUUUCAGCCAUUAAGAGAUAUUUUUAGAUCCAACAAGUCGUCUGUGAAUGUGUACAUGAUUGUAGGUAAAUCACAUGGUGAAUAUUUUAUAUAAUCAAUGUAUAUUUUCUCGCUGUCUUGUAUUUUUCUGUGACAAAUUAAUCUGUAAACUCUAAUAAACACAUUCUGCAGCAUUUCUGUUUGAAGGAAGUUGAAGUGGCGAUG